CAACCACAGCUGAUCGGUUCUACAGGAUAGACCGCGCACAGGAGCACCUCAACUAUGUGACAGAGAUCUCUCAGGAUGAACUCUAUGUGCUGGACCCAGAGCUGGUGAUCACCCAGACCGGCACCAUUUCGCAUUCCCCUCCUCUUCUUCCUCUCCACCCUCCUCUCCUGCCCCCAGCGCUGAGCCUGAGUGCUGCCUCCCGCACAAAGGUCAUCCUGCCUAUGGGCAAAGACUACUCCCCCUGCAUGCGCACCUCCCUGGGGCUGAGGUCUGGCUGCACCCCCAGCUACGUGGGGUCUCCCUCCAUCCCCUGGCUUGUCCCUUAUAUGCCUGAAGACGACCUUCUGAUAGAGGCUGCCAAGAGCGGCAACUUCAGCAAGUUCCAAGAGCUGCACCGGGCUGGAAGAGACCUGAUGGUGCGAGACUCCUCGGGCCAGACCGUCCUCCACCAUGCCGUGAAAUCAGGGAGCAAGGACAUCGUCAAAUACAUCAUUGAGAACGCCCCUUCAGAAAUCCUUGAUGCCACGGAGGAGGAGAAUGGCGAAACCAGCUUGCACCAGGCUGCAGCCUUACGCCAGCGCACUAUCUGCCACUACAUUGUGGAGGCCGGGGCCUCGCUCAUGAAGACGGACCUGCAGGGAGACACCCCCAAGCACCGGGCUGAGAAAGCCAAUGACCCUGACUUAGCUGCCUACCUCGAGAACCGACAGCACUACCAGAUGAUCCAGCGGGAAGACCAGGAGACAGCUGUGUAGUGCUCGGCGUGCCUUAGCCCAAGCCAGCUCAGGCAGGACAAGAAGAGGACAAUGGCAACUGGCAGAGUUGUGAGUCUGGCCCAGCCCUCCCUAGAUGUCAACCUGGUCCCUGGAGGAGACAGCGUCAGCGGAGCCCUGCCCCAGGCUGGGCUGGGACUCUGUUUGUGAGGACAGUGGGUAUUUGGGACUUGAAGCCUGGCUCUUUGUGUGUGUUACCCCUUCACCCCUCAUCCACCAUGUUCCCUGC